AUGUCUGAAAAGGUGAAGAAAAGAUCCGGCUUCUUCAGUAUCAAGAGGUGGAAUAGUCAAAGUGUUGAUGAGGGUUACGCUCUGUCUCCAACUCAGGCGCAACCAUCUCCUGUGAUAAGGCCCCCAAUGACCAGGUCUACGUCUAUAGAUAACAAAACAACCAAACUACCAGCAACAGGAAUCAACGAUUUAGUGCAAUGUUCUCUAUGCUUGGAGAUUCUCAACACGCCGAAGAUGUUGCCCUGCCAACAUACAUUCUGCUUAGCCUGCCUCAAAGUUUAUGUUGCCGAUCUCGCUGUGUUCAGUUGCCCAAUAUGCAACACUCGGAUCCAAGUUAACGGUCCUAACUUCGUGGAUGAACUACCCUCAAAUCUGUAUAUAGACACCUUACUUCACAUGGUCGGUAUGAAGACAGAUAAGACGACUCCAAACGUGACGCCACCUACCACGCCAGCUAGCGCGUCAGGUUAUCAAAAAGUGGAUCUGUUUGCUUCUGGAAUAAGGUGUACCAGUUGUAAAACCAUGUGCGAUAAUUCAGAUACCUCUUUCUGCGAACAUUGUAAAUUGAACUUCUGCUUUGUCUGUUGGUCGCAACAUUUAGAAGAUUUGCGGAUACAAGUAGGGUCUAUACUGAAGCAGCUUGAAACAGCAGCUAGUCGAUUGGAUCACAAAAUAGAACAUUAUAAGGAUCGCUGCGAACAUAUAGUUGAACAAAUCAAUUUGGCUGCUGAAGAGAAAAUCAACGCUGUACUUGAAUCUAAAUCGAGUCUCCUUCAAGAGAUGACAGAUUUGCAGAAAUCUGGGGACAUGGCAGCUCUUGCUCUACAGUCGUCGCUCAAUGAAGCGAAAGAAGUUGCUAAAAAGGCUUUAGAAAAUAAAACAGAUGAUAGCGAUGAAAUGAAAAAGGUGAGAACCUUCGUGAAUCUACACCAGAACACACUACAAUUGCUUAGUGAUGUAUCAAAAUGGGACGCGGAGAAUUUUAUAUUUGACAAGGAGAAUUUCCGUAUCGACUCCGACAUCACGACCCCGUGUGAUGCAGAAUCCGAUGAGCCAUUACCAGCAGCUGCGAAACAGCAUAAUCCUCUGGAAAGUGAGAGUAGUUUGAUGCAACAUUACAGGUCACGAAACUUUUUACCUCAUUACGUUUGGCGCAAGACGGCGAGACCGUGCGGCGUUGGUAUUAGCCCCUGGAAUAAUCACCUGUACAUCUGUGAUAUGGACAGCCACAGUGUUCUCGUUGUGGAACGGACGCAGGCCAAAAUAGUAAUGAGACUAUCAUGCGAACAGAUGUUGUGUCCAGUGCAAAUCGCUUUCAUGAAGAGCUUGGGAGAAAUCUAUGUAACAGACAAAUGGAAGCACUGCAUCCAUGUGUUCUCAAAGGACGGCGAACACAUCACAUCGAUAGGCCAAAAAGGCAGCCGCUUAGGGAUGUUCCGGUCUCCCGAAGGAAUAGCCACGGACAAUUCAAAGCAUCAUAUCUAUGUCGUUGAUACAGGGAACGAUAGAGUUCAGGUCUUGGAACCAAACGGCAAAUGUGUGGAUCAAUUCGGUGUCGCCUUACGGUCUCAGCCAAAAAACACAUCAAGCAUCUGGGUCAUGAAGGAAACUAUGUGCACUGAAUUGAACGCGCCAACGGCAGUCGCAGUCACCAAUGACAGGGUCAUCGUCCUGGACAGCGGGAAUCGACGAGUCAAAGUCUACAACAAACAUGACAAGAACAAAAUCGUGGAGUUCGGGGCUAUGGGCCAACGGAAGGGGCAGUUCAGGCAGCCAGAAGUCCUCGCUGUAGACCCCAUGGGCUAUAUCCUGGUGGGCGAUUCGGGCAACUGCCGCAUCCAAGUCUUCAAGCCCAAUGGACAAUUAGUUCGCGUCUUCGGCAGGUUAGGGACUGAACCGGGACAAUUCGGAUGGAUUUCGGGUAUACACGUAACUAAACAACUAGAUGUUAUAGUGAGCGAUACUAAGAACCAUUGUGUUAACUUCUUUUGA